UCAUCACCGGCAACAAAGGAGGCACCGGUAAAACUACUAUCGCCGCUUUAUUAGCCGAAUAUCUGACUUACCAAAAAAAGAAAGAGGAAGGUCGUCUGGUCUCAUCUCGUUUUCCAGUAGAUUAUCAAAUCAUAGAUACCGCCGGGGUGAGUGGUGGUUCAGAAACCUAUCUCAAACAAGCAGAUAUCAUGCUAGUUCCCUUUAUCCCUCAUUAUGUAGACCUCCAAACCAAAGAACAGCAAGAAGGCUUAGUUCAAUUAAAAGACGAGACGGAACGGGACAUGGAAAUCGGAGUAAUCUUACCUCCUCUUUCCCAUCGUCCUGCUCUCUAUGGCUCCGUGCUAAAUGGCAGUAAAGAAAACUUCUUCACCAAAAAAGAAAGUGAGCCAGCCAAGCAAGAUUACACCUAUUCCUCUUUAUCUGAACUAAUUAGAAAGAGUUUACAGGCUUAUCAAAAAGGGGAAAUAGACAUUAAUCUUGCUGAAAGAGAUAAACAUGCACCGAAAAGAGAAAUUACCAUCCGCUUUAUUAAUACUGAUUUGCUGAAUUACUAUUACUCUUUACCUUACACCCAAAGAACCGCCAUCAUUGAGGAAAGUUUAGCCACUUAUUUAGAUAAAUUAAAUGCGAAAGAGUUAGAAAAGUGCGGGGAAGAAUAUGUCGAGGAAACCGCUUAUUCUUAUGCGAGGAGUAUGAAGGAGAUAAAUGAGCAUUAUACUUAUUGUGGGGGAAUUCAAUCCCAACGAAGACAAAACUUAACUAUCAUUGUUGAACCUUCAACUUUUCAGCGUUUAAAGAAAGAAAUCGGGGAUGGAAAGAUUAGCCGAUUUGUAGAAAAGGCAAUUAUAAAGGAAUUAAAUGAUUAUAGUGGGAGGAUUGAGGAAAAACAAAAAGAAUUCCAACAAAAACUAAUUGCUGGUUAUAAAAGUAAUAAUUGGCAAAAUCAGUAUAACGAUUAUUCGGUAGUUGCUCCCUUGACUAGUGAGGAAGAGGAAUUGGAACAUGUUGAGCCUUUUGAAGUGUUAAUUGAAACUAAUCAAGAAAAUGGUUUAGAUGAAAAAAGCAAAAUACUUCUCCACCGUUUAUUGGCCAUCGAUAAAGAGGAGCGGUUGAUUGAGAGAAUAGGGCAGUUACAAAGACUCAAUAUUUCUAACACUGAUAUAAAUAGUGGCUAUGAACAUUUACCAGCCAGUGUCAAAUAUAUUUAUUCUUCUAGUGAAAAAAGACCCACAAAUUUUGGUUUGCAACCUAACGAUUAUGGUUUUGCUUGUUAUCUGACUAAACAAGGUCAGAAUUAUCCGAAAAAAGAAAGAAGUAAAGUAGAAAAAAUCUAUCUCACUGAACCCAGUUUAGAGGGGGAAUUGGAUUUAGGGGAUUUUACUUAUGAAUUUUUCAGUAGUGGUGUAAAAGUAUACAUCUCCCCCCAAUUGGAUGAAACCAAACUAAUUUUUAAAAAUAAACCAAAAGGGGCUGAGAUUAUUUUUUUAGAUGCUCAAAGAUACAUUAAUUAUCUCUGUCCUACUAAAGAACAAAGAGAAAAAGUAACUGUAUUAAAUAUUAGUCAAAAAAACCUCGAAGGCCACCUUGAUCUCUCGGAUUUUAUUAAUUUAAAAGUAUUAAAUUGUUAUGAUAAUAAACUAACUAAUCUCACUUUACCUAAUAAUCCUACUAAUUUGAAAGUAUUAAAUUUAAGAGGUAAUAACUUCUCCAGCGACUUAUCUUUUUUAACUGGGGCAGUUAAUUUAGAAGAACUUAAUUUAAGUAAUAACAAAUUCACUGGCUCUCUAGAACCUUUAAAGGACUUUUUAAAGGACUUAAUAAAAUUAGAGGAACUGCACAUCAGUGAUAACCAAUUAACUGGUUCCUUAGAUUAUUUAAGUAACCUGAAGCAAUUAAAAAAACUUGAUAUUAGCAAUACGGAUCUAAAUGAAGUAAAUAUUGAUAAAUUACCUCGGAGUUUAAAGAAAAUUAAAUAUUAUGCUGAAAGUUGGGAAAGACAAAGACCAGAUUGUAAAUUAAUUACUAUUGUUCCCCAAUUAGAAAAACACUUUGGUAAAUUUGGUCGUUGUCUAAAAUGCCUACGACUUAAUACUAAAUUGGAAAUAGAAAAAGAUGAACAAGGUCAGCCUAAACUUUUAGCCCAAGGAGAUCCUGAUAAAAAUUAUCUCAUGGUUAUGGAUUAUAUGAAAGGUGGUAAUUUAAGACAAUAUUUACAAAAUAACAAUAAGGGAUUAAGUUUGGAAGAUAAAAUUUGGAGGUUAUCAAUGAUUACUAAUGGAUUAAAAAAAAUUCACGACCAAAACCUAGUCCAUCGGGAUUUUCAUAGUGGGAAUAUAGUAGGAGAUAGUAUCACCGACCUCGGUUUAUGUCAACCAGUUAAUUAUCAAAAACAAGUCGGGCAAAUCUUUGGCGUGAUGCCUUAUAUUGCUCCCGAAGUCUUACAAGGUCAGCCUUACACUCAAAAAUCAGAUAUUUACUCUUUUGGUAUCAUUGCUUAUGAAUUACUGGCUCAGGCUUAUCCUUAUGCAGAUAAAAACUUGACUGAUACUGGUUUAGCCCUAGCAGUAUGUAAUGGACUAAGACCUAAUCUAGAUAAAGUUCUCAUCCCUCAAUUAUUAAAAGAUUUAAUUAAAAGAUGUUGA